UCAGCUCUCAGUCACUGGUUCUGAACUGAUCAGGUGGACAGGACGAAGUUCUCCGGGAACACUUCAUAUUACUUGUUACUAUGCUUUGGAUAACUCUGUUCGUAAUCCUUCUCCUCACUCUCUCCCAGCUCCAGUCACAGUGCUGAAUCAGAAACCGAGACUAAGCGUCAGUCAUGAUGGUCAGCUUGAUGAAUUCAGAUUUUUAUGUGAAAUAUCAGGGUCAGAGUCAGUAACUGCUGAUUUUAGCUGUAAUCUCUACACUGGAGAAAAUCCUCAGCCUUAUGUAAAGACAGGAUCUCAGAAGGCAGUUUGUAGAUUUACAGCAGAGAAAAAUGAUCUGUUUAAUCGUCUGCAGUCAGUAAAGAGUCGUGAAGUGAGCUGUGAUUAUUCACUGAUCUCUGACCCGACUGCUCGCUCUCUAAUGAGUGAUAAACACAACAUGAUACAUUUUUUUACUUCCAUGACAACAUCAACAACAACAACAAUGACUCAGGCAUCCACUCCUGAAGAGAAACCCAGUGCAGAUUUGAGUCUGGUAACGACGCCACCAUCCACAGCUACGGAGGAAUCUACAGCAGCUUCUCCAGUUUUUUCAACUCCUCCGAUCACCACAAGACACACAGCGACUCAUUUGUCUUCUCCACCAACACGGUCAUCCACAACUGAAGAGAAAACUGAUUCCGCGUUGUCUACUGUAUCAACAUCGCAAACCACACCUAAAGAUAAAUCUACAGCUUCGACUGUGAACACCACAAGUGGCCCAAAAAGUAGUGAAAGGUUCAACAUGACCCAUCAGACUGAUGUUCUUAAAAGACCAGUGUUUGUCCUUCUGCUGUCAGUCACCAGCGUGUGUGUUUUCCUGGCUGGACUGAUGAGCGUCUGUCUCUGCAGGUUCAUCAGGAAGCAGACGGCUGAGAGACGUAAGAUGGACAUGGCCUGUGGUGAUCAGGGAGUCAUGAUGUCCAUGCUCAAUAUGAACACAUCCGGCUCAGAAACUGCUGGAACUUAUUCUGUGAUCACCUCAGUACCCUUACCGUCCCUGCCUUUAGACACUAGCGGAGACGUAAAAGAAGAUGCUAAGAAAACAGGGGACGAUGUGUAUCACAUGUAUUGUACCAUCGCUGACACUCAAGUGGUCACCCAAGACAAAGACACGGUGUACAGCCUGAUACAGAAGCACUGAUGGAUGCUAACCUUACAGAGUGUAAAUUUUGUAUUAUUUGUAUGGUUUUUAUGCAGUACAUGCCUUAAUUUAAUACGCUGCUUUGGCAUCUUUAAAUAAAUUGAUUUCAAGCUGCUGUUUGAUCAUGAAGGCAGUGUCACAACUGGGUCAAGACUUAACCAUUCAGAUAAAACGUGUAUUUUUAAAAGCGAACACAGAGAUCUUAAAGGAGACGAUGGUUUUGCAAGAGAACGGCUGUUGCAGGAAGUUGAGAAAGCCACGAGCAAGCACACAGGCACGCAGGCCUACUCGCUCUCAGAGACGUAACAGCUAAUGCGGUCGUGCUAUAAUUAGGAGCAGCAGAGAACACAAAGACAAGACGAUCACAGAGGAUUCAGGUGAUUUGGCCCUUUUUGACACUUUAACCCUUGUACUUCAUUUCAUACUUCCAUUCCUCUUUGUUUUUUAGUUUUCUACGUAAUAUUAGCGUAAGCAUUUUUUUUCUUGUACACUUAAUAAGUCUGUGACCACCAACACAAAAAAAAUAUAGCGCAGCUUUUCGGCUCUGGAGGGAACGCAGGAACAACAUAAAUAGGGGUUAGAUAACGAGAUUCAGGUGUUCCACAUCAGCUCGUUCCCAAAUCCCUCCUCCCAGUGCAAAACCUGCAGCUUAGAGUCCUCCUACAGGUGACGUAAUGAACUGUAUCAAACUGAAGAUUGAUAUUUAUAGCUAUGUGUACUUUUUUACCGUUUGCAGUUGGAUGAAAAUGUUUAGAGCAAUGCUUUAAACAUGCUCAAAGCUUUUUCACAUGCAACAGUCUCGUGACUUGGAAUGGUGAGGGGAAAAACCCAAAAACAUCCAGUGAGCGGCGGUUCUGCGGCUUCUUCAACUGCGCAAUCCAUACUGAGCAGGUCAUUUGUCUGGACCAUGUAUAUGUCAUUUAUGUCGCUCGAUUAGGAGGACAAUUAUUGGAGGAAGUCUGAACAAUAUACCGGCCCCUUCUCUACCCCAUCUAUUAAUGUGAACUGACCAGAACUAAGCAGACCUGGGUUCGGCUUGAACGUGUUCGUCACCUUGUAAGAGCUGUUAGAGUAGCUUUAGAAAGCUUUUUCUUUUUCCAUGUUUCAAUAUCCAUCAUUUUGUUUGACGGACAUAACAGUGACACCGAGGUGUUUAAAAGGAAUUUUAACAACACUACCGUAUCGAAUGGUCUAUAGUUAAUAAUUGUGAAGCUCAAACAGUGACCUAUAUGAUAAAAGGCCCAAUAGUUUAGAUCGAUUACGAUUCCAAGCACAUAAUGAUUUAAGUUGACUGUUUUUUCAGCUGGUCCUGAGUCAUGCUCAUGGAACAUUCCUGUGUUUAGAGUAUUAUGAACCGGAGCGCAUGAAACCUCAUCGAAGUCUAUAUUUAGAGUUGUUAUUUAAAAAUACGGAAAUGUAUUUACAUGAAAUGUUUCAUGCUUCUGCUUUCGUUUGGCCCGUUCUCACUGGCAUAUACACCCUGACCUGUAUGUACAUAUCCCUGUCAGUGGUCACAUUCCCGUGAGAAACUGGCUAACAGGAUUCUGUGACACAUCAUUUCAGUGACAUCAACGUGACACGUCUCCUAUACAGCUCACUUUCAUUUCUCCUUAAUAUUUCUGUUCCGAAAACUUCUAAACCCUGGGAUUAUAGACGUCUAAUGGCAUAAAAUGACUGUAGCUCUCAAAAAUGUGAAGGUUUAAAGAGAUACACUGGAGAUGGAUCCAGGUACAACAAUGAAAAAUGUGCGCUAGUGCAAGCGUAAGCAAGAACGAUGACUUUACAGUAGCAAAGGGACAUUUUCUGUAUGAAUUGUGACAACAGAGGCCUAACAUCCUGUUUUAUUUAUUUAUAUUAUAUAUCUAUAUCUAUAAUUAUCCAUAUGUAUAUUAAUAAAUGUAUUUAUAUAUUAAUUUGGUCGUUCAUUCAUUCAUUUUUCAUUGAUUUAACAUUUUUAA